AUGACACUUACUAAGAACCAACCUGAAAUUAUCAACUUGGUUGACACCGAUGACGACGAGCUCUACAAAGAUCUCGAGGCUCAGGAAGCCGCCUUGAAGUGGGAUGACAGCCCUUGUGCUAUUGAGAUCAAAACCGAGGGAGGAGGCAGUGACAGUGCUAUCCCUCAGCCCCGCAUACAAGACCCCGGGAAUAAAAGUGACUCUUCCAGGCCCCAUUUCCAAAACCUAUAUUGUCAUGAUUAUGAUGCCGGCAUUUCGUUCGUCCAUCUUGCCUCCUCGUCGCGGUCUAGCUCUCAUCGGAUGAUUGUAGAGGAAGAGAACAAUGAAGAGGCAGACCCAUACGACCCUUGGACGCCCCCCAUAUAUACUGGCCACGAGCAUGACUUCGAUACACCUACCGUGGAUGCGCCUGUUGCGGAAACCCCUGUCAUUGACUCACCUAUCAUUAGCGAGCCUGUUGACAGAAACAAUAAGAAAGUAAAAAGGCCUAAAAUGUCCUGCAUCUAUUCGCAGCUUCAAUUCGACGAGGAUGAGCUAGAAAGAGAGCGCAAUCUGGCACCAGAGGCCCUUUUUGAUCAAGACGAGAAUGACUUUGGCCUCGAGUAUGAGGGGCCAAGCCUGAGAGAAAUGUGUCGUAAAAGGAAAUGCAACUCCCCUUCCACAUAUUCUAAGAUUACAGAAGAGGCUUCUCAAUGA